AUGCUGAGCGUCCUGAAUGGUAGAAAGACGGUGGAGAAGUACAGCGACGAGCUCGUCGACCAGUGGAACAAGGAGAUCGACGGUCUCUUGACCUUUGACGGUCUGUUCUCCGCCGCUCUCACCGCAUUCAACACCAUUGCCUUCGCAAUGCUCCAGCCUCAAUCGAGCGAUCAAACCAACGCGAUCUUGACUCAGGUGUCUGCCCAGCUGAAGAGCUUUGCGCUCAAUCCCUCAUUCGUCAACUCUACCGCCUUGGCGUUCCAGGAUAUCGUGCCGACCCCCUUUCGCCCCGAGACCUGGGCCGUUUGGGUCAAUGCGCUCUGGUUCACUAGUCUCACGUUCAGCUUGUCGUCGGCAACGAUUGGGAUCAUGGUGAAGCAGUGGCUCAAAGAGUACAACACCGGGCUGUACGGGUUCUCCGCACCAAUCACACAACGUCGCAUCUACCGGCUCUCGAACCUCAAUAAAGCGCACAUCCCUUUCAUCAUCUCGCUCGGCCUUCCAUUCUCUCUGGAGUGUCAUUCUCAGCUUCUACUCGUCCGUUGA